AUGACCGGCCAACCCACCAUCCACCACGUGUUUGAACCUACGACUGGGACAUGGCAGUAUGUGGUGGCUGAUCCAUCAACCUUGUCGGCUGCCAUUAUCGAUCCAGUCUUGGACUACGAUCCAGUGACGCAAGUCAUUUCUACGAACACCGCCAAUGCCCUGCUCUCGCUAGUCAAGGAAAAGGGCUACAAGGUGGACUGGAUCCUCGAGACGCAUGCACACGCGGACCAUCUGACCGCUUCAUUCUAUCUUCAGAGACGGCUUUCCACGGUCCAGGGUCACAAGCCUCCCGUCGGCAUCGGUAAGCGAAUCGGCCAAGUGCAGAAGAUGUUCGGUCAACGAUACCGCGUCUCAGCAGACGAAUACGAGGGAGUUUUCGACAAACUCUUUGAGGACGACGAGACCUUCCAGAUCGGAGACCUGCAAGCCACCGCUAUGCAUCUCCCUGGCCACACUCCUGACCAUCUAGGCUACAGGAUCGGAGACAACGUGUUCUGUGGAGACUCCAUCUUCCACGUCGACAUCGGCACUGCGCGGUGUGAUUUUCCAGGGGGAAGUGCAGACGACCUGUUCCGUUCCGGAAAGAAGUUGCUGAGCCUCCCGGACCAUGUGAAAAUUUGGACGGGACAUGACUAUCCGCCCGACGGGCGCACUGAUCCCGUUCCGUGGAUGAGUGUGCGGGAUCACAGAGCCCAGAACAAGCACCUGAAGGACGGCGUCACCCAUGAGGCGUUUGUGGCGCAGCGAAAGGAGCGUGACGCGCAAUUGGCAGCACCGAGGCUGCUCCAUCAGUCUUUGCAAGUCAACAUCCGCGCAGGACACCCUCCUGAGCCAACGGAAUCGGGGCAUCGUUUUCUUCAUCUUCCAUUGAAGUUGCAAGGAUGGGAAUAG